AUGGCUGAAUCACCGCCUGAACAGUCGGAGUUGUCACCUGAAAACCCUGAGCGCCUGUGGCUCUGGGAGAGGAACGUGUACUUGGACGAGCGUAGACGGAGCUGGCUGCCCGCAGUCGUCAAGAAUAAUGGAAAAAUCCAGGUGCUCUUGCGCCAGAAAAGCAUCCCCUUGGGGCCUGCUAUGACUCCUAAAGAGCUGGAGGCAUACGAGCUGCCUUUAAUGUGGCAACUCUACCCAGGGAAAAAGUACCGAGGCAGUGACUCCAUCCUCUGGGAGAUAGUGUACCACAUCAAGUUCAAUGACGUAGAAGACAUGUUACUUGAACAGAUGGAAACAAAAGAAUAUCAUCCGUGA